GCUUGCACUCGGCGGGGGGGCCGGCUGCUUCAGAAGCCAUCCGUGUGUGGAGGAGUGACCCGGGGAUUUCAUGAUUACCGCAUGACGGGGAAAAGCCUGGGGACUGCACGGGUCGGAGGGUUGUCCUUGAAGCAAAUACCGGGUGGAUUGUGAGACAGAGUCGUGCCGCGUUUAUUUUGCCAGUUAGAGUGUGCGAUUCCACGAUGCCGGUGUUUCACACGAAAACCAUUGAGAGUAUCCUGGAGCCGGUGGCUCAGCAGAUAUCUCACCUGGUCAUCAUGCACGAGGAGGGAGAAGUUGAUGGCAAAGCGAUUCCUGACCUCAGUGCGCCCGUGGCCGCUGUACAGGCAGCUGUCAGCAACCUUGUGCGGGUGGGGAAGGAAACCGUUCAGACCACAGAAGACCAGAUUAUGAAGAGAGACAUGCCUCCAGCCUUUAUUAAGGUGGAGAAUGCUUGUGCCAAGCUGGUAGAAGCAGCUCGGAUGCUAAAGACAGAUCCGUAUUCUGUCCCUGCUCGAGAUUAUCUUAUCGAUGGCUCUCGUGGCAUCCUCUCAGGCACAUCAGACCUGCUACUUACCUUUGAUGAGGCAGAGGUGCGUAAGAUCAUCCGUGUCUGUAAGGGCAUCUUGGAGUACUUGACAGUAGCAGAAGUGGUGGAGAGCAUGGAGGACUUGGUCACGUACACUAAAAACCUGGGACCAGGGAUGACAAAGAUGGCUAAGAUGAUCGAUGAACGGCAGCAGGAGCUGACACAUCAGGAGCACCGCAUGAUGUUGAUCAACUCCAUGAACACGGUGAAGGAGCUGCUGCCUGUGCUCAUAUCAGCUGUAAAAAUCUUUGUGACCACCAAGUGUGCCAAGAGCCAUGGCAUAGAGGAAGCCAUGAAGAACAGGAACUACACCUUUGAGAAGAUGAGUGCUGAGAUCAACGAGAUCAUCCGAGUGCUGCAGCUCACCUCCUGGGAUGAAGACGCCUGGGCCAACAAAAAGGACACGGAGGCGAUGAAGAGAUCGCUGGCACUGAUUGAGGCGAAGAUGAAUCAGGCUAAAGCCUGGCUCAAAGAUCCUAAUGGCCUACCAGGGACAGCAGGUGAGCAUGCUCUGCGUCAGAUUCUGGACGAAGCCGGGAAAGUGGGAGAGCUGUGUGCCGGGAAGGAGAGGAGGGAGAUCCUAGGAACGACGAAGACUUUGGGACAGAUGACUGAUCAGGUGUCGGAUAUGCGAGCCAGAGGUCAGGGGCCGACUCCUUUGGGCAUGCAGAAGGCUCAGCAGGUGGCGCAGGGUUUGGACAUCCUAGUGGGGAGAGUGGAGAAUGCUGCUCGUAAACUGGAGGCUCUGAGCAAUGCUAAGCAGGCGAUUGCUAAGAGGAUAGAUGCUGCUCAGAGCUGGCUGGCUGAUCCUCAUGGAGGUCCUGAAGGAGAGGAAAAUAUCAGAGCUCUGUUAGCUGAAGCCAAGCGCAUCGCUGAUCUGUGUGAAGACCCCAAAGAGAGAGACGACAUUCUGCGCUCUGUUAGCGAGAUUGCUGGCCUCACCGCCAAACUCGCUGAACUUCGCAGACAGGGUAAAGGUGACACUCCUGAAGCCAGACUGCUGGCCAAACAGAUCGGCACUGCUCUACAGAACCUGCAGGCCAAGACCAACCGUGCUGUAGCCAACAUGCGGCCAGCCAAGGCUGCUGUGACCCUGGAGGGCAAGAUGGAGCAGGCUCAGCGCUGGAUCAACAACCCCAAUUUGGAUGACCGCGGAGUGGGUCAGGCUGCUAUCCGCGGCUUGAUAGCAGAAGGCCGCAGGCUGGCUAACUCUCUGCCAGGACCAUACAGGCAGGAGCUACUGGCGAAGUGUGAGCGUGCAGAGCAGCUGAUGCUGCAGCUGUGUGACCUGGCUGCUCGGGGAGAGGGAGAAAGUCCUCAGGGUCGUGCCGUAGCGGCUCAACUCCUUGAUGCUCUUAAAGAUUUGAAAGCUAAGAUGCAGGAGGCAAUGACUCAGGAAGUGUCUGAUGUAUUCAGUGAUACUACGACUCCCAUCAAGCUUCUGGCUGUUGCAGCUACAGCCCCACCUGAGGCCCCCAAUCGGGACGAGGUCUUUGAUGAAAGGGCAUCAAACUUUGAGAAUCAUGCUAACAGGCUGGGGGCCACAGCAGAGAAAGCUGCUGCUGUAGGGACAGCUAAUAAGAGCACAGUGGAAGGGAUCCAGGCUACGGUGAAGUCAGCCAGGGAGUUAACACCUCAGGUUACUUCUGCUGCACGUAUUUUGCUGAAGAACCCUGGUAACCAGGCAGCAUACGAACAUUUUGAGACCAUGAAAAACCAGUGGAUUGACAAUAUCGAAAAAAUGACUGGUUUGGUAGACGAGGCGAUUGACACUAAAUCCCUCCUGGAUGCCUCCGAAGAAGCCAUCAAAAAAGACAUCGAUAAGUGUCGUGUGGCUAUGGCGAACGUUCAGCCCCAGAUGCUGGUAGCUGGAGCCACUAGCAUUGCCAGGCGGGCAAACCGGAUACUCCUGGUGGCUAAGAGAGAAGUGGAGAACUCUGAAGAUCCUAAAUUCAGAGAGAUGGUGAAAGUAGCCUCAGACGAACUGAGCAAAACAAUUUCGCCCAUGGUUAUGGAUGCCAAGGCUGUAGCAGGAAACAUCCAGAAUCCAGGUCUUCAAAAAAGCUUUCUGGAUUCAGCAUACAGGAUUCUUUCUGCUGUUGGGAAAGUCAGAGAAGCCUUCCAGCCUCAGGAGCCUGACUUCCCUCCUCCUCCUCCAGACCUGGAUCAGCUGCAUGUAAAUGAUGAACAGGCUCCUCCUAAACCACCACUCCCAGAGGGAGAAGUUCCUCCGCCCAGACCUCCUCCUCCUGAGGAGAAAGACGAGGAGUUCCCUGAGCAGAAGGCCGGGGAGAUGGUGAGCGAGCCGAUGAUGGUGGCUGCCAGGCAACUCCACGAUGAAGCCCGCAAGUGGUCUAGUAAGCCCGAAGUGACAGACGAUCGCUUUGUGACCGCUGCGGCGGACGUAGAUAUAGACGAUGAGGACGAGUUCACAGACAACGAGGACGAUUACGAGCCUGAACUGCUCUUAAUGCCCUCCAAUCAGCCCGUUAACCAGCCCAUUCUGGCUGCUGCCCAGUCCUUGCACCAGGAAGCUCGCAAGUGGUCCAGUAAGGGUAAUGAUAUUAUUGCAGCAGCUAAGCGAAUGGCCCUGCUGAUGGCUGAGAUGUCGCGCCUGGUACGUGGAGGCAGUGGCAACAAGCGUGCACUGAUCCAGUGUGCUAAAGACAUCGCCAAGGCCUCUGAUGAGGUCACACGGCUGGCUAAAGAGGUGGCUAAGCAAUGCACUGACAAGCGCAUUCGCACCAACCUGCUGCAGGUGUGUGAGCGGAUCCCUACCAUCAGCACUCAGCUGAAGAUUCUGUCCACGGUGAAGGCCACCAUGCUGGGACGCACUAACAUCAGCGAGGAGGAAUCAGAGCAGGCUACUGAGAUGUUGGUCCACAACGCACAGAACCUGAUGCAGUCGGUGAAGGAGACGGUGAGAGAAGCCGAAGCGGCCUCCAUUAAAAUCCGUACAGACGCAGGCUUCACUCUCCGCUGGGUUAGAAAGACCCCCUGGUACCAGUAAAGCACCGGUUCCUUCCUUCCUGUUUUUAGUCUUGCCUUUUAGAACACUGAAAUCUAGUGGCCUAAGGGGGUGAAAUUGAAAGGACACAUUACGCUGAUGGACACUGAUCAUAAACGUUAUGAGUUCAUGCCUCACUCUUUGCUUUGUGAAGGAAUUAUUUUAUUUUAUUUUUUUCCGUGGUUAUGGUUCUUAAGGUUUGCUCGUGUCCCUUUAUUUCUCACUAUGUUUAAAAAGUAGGACUAUAUAGGAUGAAGAUUUUUUAAAUAUAUAUUUUUGGUAUGUUGGGUUUCCAGAAUUGAUCCAAAUUUCAGGUAUAUAUAUAUACAGUAUAUUUUUUGCAUGAAGAUUUUUUUUUUUUUCUAUUUUGUAUCGAAGGACUAUGGGUCAACCUUGUGAACGCUUCUCUCAUGGGGUCAUAAGGUUUUCAUAUCGAGAGUGUAUAUAUUUAUAUUUCUUAACGCUGUCUACGCCUGAUUUAUUAAUUUACAUUUCAGUCGAUUAAAAGCGUAACGCAAGAGAACGUUUUUAGCUUUACUCACUUGGGCUGAUUGUAUGAGGUAUUAAUUCACCUUUUAAUGAAGCUUUGUUAUUUAGCCUCUAUUUUACAGAAAGAAGGAUACGGUUGAUGUUGCAAUGAUUUUUUUUUUUUUUUUUUGCUGGUUGCCUCACAUAUUGACGCCAAAGAUUCUGUUGGUUAUAGUUAUAUUUCUAUAAUCUUAGCACUGUCUGAUAAAAUAAACAGAACUUUAAUGUAUUUGAGCUUUACUGAACUUGAACUCUGGUUUGGAUUGCGUUGAAUAAUGUCAGCAGUCAGUACUCACCACUUAUAAUAGCUUGUGUGUGUGUGUGUGUGUGUGAGACCACUUUAGAACAAGUUUAAUCAUCGUGAAAUGACCUCAUUAGGGUCAGAAUGUUUAAGAUGAAUCUCUGAAGCACAAUCCAUGCAACAGUCGAACUGUUAUUUCUGCUUAAUAUCAGAUAAACAUCAAAGCCGGUCUUAUUUUGCAGAAAAAUAAGACUCUUGACCUGGCUCUGUGUGUGUGUGUGUGUGUGUGUGUUUUGUGCAAAUCUUUUAAAUUGACAUCACCAAGUACAAAUUUCUGUUAGAAUUACUACAUAUAUACAUAACUACCUCUACAUUAACAUUUUGAAAAGUAUAAAUGUAGAGCUAGUGAAAAUUGCAGCAUAAUACACAGUAUAUCUGUUUGGAUAAAGGUUCUUGAGAAGCAGUUCUUCACGUCUUAAGGGAUUUGCUGAAGUUUCUCGCAGAAAAAUGGACAAGCCAGGCCUUUAAAAAGUCAAAAGUGCCAGAUAUUAACUCUUACAUUACAACUGUUCAAGAUGCACUCCUCCAGUUCCUCCAGGAUACUUCAUUGGAGCAGCUUGAAUUUUUCUAAAUGACUGCAGAUUUGGGCCAAGAUGCAUUAUGUGACAUCGUCAUUACAUGUAUUUGGCCAAAGCUUUCUUAGAUUUCUGUGCGCCAAACAUGAGUAGAGCUAUCACAGAAAGUAAUUACAAAUACAGGAAGGAGUUUAAAAGAAACUUGCGCUUUUGCAAGUUCACCAAUGCAAGCAGUUCAUGUAGCUCUAUUCAAUAAUUCAAGCACCAAACAACAACAAUAAAAAUAUCUGAAAGCUACAUCACAAAUUUUGAAAACAAAACAAAAAGCUAAAUUUAGCCAUCGCAAUCACAUAAAACCUCAGUGAAACGCUGGAGGAACGGCUACACGCAAAUUUAUUAGCAUAGUCCCUACAUUUCACUCAGGGAGUAGUUUCUAUCACAAAUUUGCUGACAAUUUAAAUCUUUCAUUAAUAUCAUAUGAUUUGGACAUCCUGUGAUCACACAGAACAGCCGGGAAUGAUAUUAUAGCCUUCCAUUUUGUCCUGGGAUAGAAAAACCUGCAGACUUGUCACAUUACUGAGUAAAUAAAAAGCACAGCAUCCUCUCUCCUGAAGACUCUCCUACUGCGGAAAACUCCCGAAUGCUUAAAGCAGCCGAGACUCCUUCCAUAAACAUGCAGCAGUAAACAUCUCCUUACAAAAAGCUUCGAAGUAUCAACAAUAAUAGGGCUUUUUUUUUUUUAUUAUUAAGCUUAUUGAUAGGUUUAGAUUAUAUGGUGCGUCCAUCAUUCGAGUUCCUGCUAGACGAGCUGUUGCUAUAGCAACAAGGACGUAUUUGAACGAGGACAUUAAUAGAAACUUGUGCUUUGCCUUGCAGCAGGAAACAGUCAGAGCUGCUGUUAUAGAAAAUCAACCAGUGCUGAGAUAUUAUUAUUAUUAUUGGCUGUAAUAAAGUGAAGUCAAAGUUCUCAAGGUUAGAAAUGAAUGCUACAUGUUGCUUACACAGCUGAUGAACCUUGUCCUGCUUCUCUUUUUGUGUACGCUGCAUUUUUUUUCACUACCUUUACAUUUAUUACUAAAUAACACUAUCUGGCGGGAAAAAAAAAACACCUUUCUCCUGGUUGCCAAGUUGACACCGGACAUUUUGUUCCUAGGCAACCCGAAUCCCCAAAAAACAAAAACAACCGUGACCUGUUCCCUUUUAAGAAAUAUUUGUGAUUUAUUUUAAUCUGUUUGGAAAAUAUGGGUAAUGAUUCUACAAGACCCGGGUGGCUUGUUCACACACAGUUAAACAUGAAGCAGAAGAUGCACUGCCUAGAUAUCUUACUAAUUUCUAGAUGUUAUGAACAUGUUUAGAGAAAUGAUCGGUGCCUCAUUGUGAGUGUUUACAAGGCUGAAUUUUGUAUGUUUGUAA